AUGGAGCUCUCUGAAUCGUCCUCCUCCUCCUCUGUUUCCCCAAAUCUGGAUUUGCAUACCGGCAACAGCAACGAAAUCGAUCAGGUUCAGCUCAACCAUUCCGACAUAGGGUCUCAACAGUCCACCACCACCGCCGCCUACCAGCAGCUGGACAGUCCCUCCGACUCCGGUGUUGACGCGGCGGUCAGUCAUUCCAGUCCCGAUCCCGAGGUCGUGGAUCACGCUGUCGUCGUUGUUGAUGAGAUUGAGAGAUUGGAUUUGAGAGGAGACGAUGCUGAUGUAGCGGUGGAGGUGGCGGCGGCGGCGGCGGCAGCCGAGGUAGAGGAAGGGGGAGAGGUUGAGGCGGAGAAGAAAUGGAGAGAAGAAGGGGGAGAAUAUAACAGAAGGUAUCAGUAUCCGGUGAGGCCUGAAGCUGAAGACUGCUCCUUUUACCUCAAGACGGGGAAUUGCAAGUUUGGAUCCAACUGCAAGUUUAAUCACCCUGUUAGAAGGAAAAACAACCAGGUUUUUAAAGACAAGGUGAAGGAAAAGGACGAGUUUUCAGAGAAGCCAAGCCAGACAGAAUGCAAGUAUUACUUAAGGCCAGGGGGAUGUAAGUAUGGGAAAGCUUGCAGAUACAACCAUGGAAAAGGGAAACCUUUGGUUGCUCCAGUUGUGGAACUUAACUUUCUGGGACUGCCAAUUCGACAGGGGGAGAGAGAGUGUCCCUACUAUAUGCGAAAUGGCUCCUGCAAGUAUGGAUCAAACUGCAGGUUUAAUCACCCUGAUCCUACUGCUGCAGGAGGAUCUGACCCUCCGUCUGGAUUUGAUAAUGGUGGACCUGCAUUAUUACAAGGUGGAUUGCAAUCAUCAUCUUGGUCUGCACCAAGAUCAUUGAAUGAGACUCCGCUUUAUAUGCCAAUGAUGAUGCCACCAUCUCAAGGGGUUCCUUCCCAAAAUACAGAAUGGAAUGGCUAUCAGGCACCAGUUUAUCUAGAAAGAAGUAUGCCUGCACCUCCACCAUAUGUUAUCAACAACUCAGGGACCGAAACCAAUGUUUAUAAACAAUAUCCACCGUCAAAUCAAGUUGAUGAAUUCCCAGAACGACCUGGACAACCUUUGUGCAGUUUCUUUUUAAGAACAGGGGACUGUAAGUUUAAAUCUAACUGCAAAUAUCAUCAUCCAAAAAGUCAGACUGCAGUAUCCCCCUCAUUUGCACUGAGUGACAAGGGCCUGCCUUUGAGACCGGAUCAGAAUAUUUGCACCCAUUACAGUCGCUAUGGCAUUUGCAAAUUUGGGCCAGCUUGUAAAUUUGAUCAUCCGUUACAUUUAACAUCUUCAACUACAUCUGGUCUUGAUCAUCAACUUCCUUUCAGUGACUUGGCAAAUACAAAAGAGGCGGGAAUAGCUAGGAGCAGAAGUGGAACUGAUGAUACAAUUCAGCUGCAACAAGCUGUGUAAUAAGUUUUGCAUGAAAUACCUGCUAGAGCACAGCAUUUGCAUGACCAAGGAUAUGUAACUCUUAUUUAUUUUGGAUCUUAAAAAACAUGUGGAACUUUUGCAUCCAGCUGCUAGAAGUAACUUUUAUUUGCAUAGGAUCCGGAUCACCGGGAUUGUAAAUAGAAGUAAUUUGGAACAACCUCUAUUUCAUGAAUAUUCGAGUCAGUAUAGUUCUGUUCCCAAGAUGAAUUUUAGAUUGGGUGGUUUUUGCAUUG